AUGGAUUUAUCACUUCUCUGUCCGACGUCGACGCAGCCAUUACUAUCCUCAUUCUCAAAUCCAUUUCCUCGUUCGCGUCCUUACAAGCCUCUCAAACUCCGCUGUUCCGUAUCCGGUGGAUCCGUUACGGCGGAUUGCGUGAUCGUCGGCGGAGGAAUCAGCGGCAAAUUCAUUGCUCAAACGCUCGUGACGAAGCACCCAGACGCCGCGAAGAAUGUGAUAGUGACGGAGGCAAAGGAUCGUGUAUGCAACAACAACAAAGCUGAGUCUACUUCUUCCUCCAUUCUCCUCCUCUUCGACCUAUCUCGCUUCCGCAGCGACCCUCCUACGGCUUCGUCUCAAAGCGUAAGCUUCUCUUCCUCUGUUUCAUACCGAAUCAAAGCAAAGAGAUUGAAUAAAAGCGCAUAUGUACAUAUUGAUGUGUUUGGUGAGAUGGAGAUUCAUGGUGUGGAGGUGAACGAGAUGAUAAUGGUGGAUCUUCUUGUUGGUGUGGGAGAUUCGGGAGAUGGUUUCAAUGUGAUCUUGGCGACGAGUCUCGUUGAUAUGUAUGGGAAAUGCGGAGAGUUGGGGACCGCGAGGUAUCUGUUCGACGAAAUGCCUAAGAGAAGUUUGGUUUCUUGGAAUUCGACUAUUACUGGGUAUAAUCAGAGCGGUGAAGCAGAGGAAGCGAUGCGUCUUCUUUUCGACUUGAAGCUCAAGAAUUAUGAGGUUGUUACAGUGGUGAAAGGUACUGGGAUAGUGGAAAACUACUUAUUUGGGAACAACCCUGAAGCUUAUUACAAGCUGGCUAGGAAACUUGAAACUAAAGACUGGUCUAGGCACAGAUGA